AUGAAGAACUCAUUCAUAAUCACACUGUCUGCAGUGUUAGUUACGGUUAGUUGUGCUAACAAAGUUUUAUCGAAGUGUGGAAUUCCAAAGAUUGCUGGUAAGGAAUUGAUCACCAAUGGACAGGCCACUGAUCCGGGGGACUGGCCGUGGCAUGCAGCCAUCUUUCAUAGCAAUGGUCCGUCAACGGAAUAUGUGUGCGGUGGAACCAUAAUCAGCGAAGAAUUCAUCGUAACGGCGGCUCACUGCGUCAUGAAUGCGAAAAACGGGUUUCCCCUGGCACCGAGUCGUAUAACGGUUCGGUUGGGAAUUCACGAUCUGCUUGAAAUAAAUCCCGCAUUUGUGCAACAGCAUAAAGUCGAGAAAGUUUUUAAGUUUGAAAAUUUCACUCGAUUAGUCGAUGACAUUGCGUUGAUUAAGCUUAGUACAAUCAUUCGCUUUACCGAUUACGUUCAACCGGCUUGUAUGAAUGUAGAACCAGAUAUCAUCGGCAGAUAUGGCACUGUUGUUGGAUGGGGGUUAACGGAAAGCGACGAAACGUCUCCAAUUUUGAAAAAGGUGGACAUUCCGGUGAUCGAUCCCGUUGCGUGCUUAAAAACCGACCGAGUACUGUUCGGUCAAACUAUAAACGAUGGUCUAUUCUGUGCCGGAUAUACAAACGGAACCGGUGUCUGCAAUGGUGAUAGUGGUGGAGGAUUAUUUUUUCCAAGAGGCAAUAGGUGGUUCUUGGGUGGCAUCGUGUCCUUCUCGCAGGCUAGAUCGGCUGGAUCCAAUAAAUGUUAUAUGAAGGGAUAUGGAGCGUUCACUAAGGUACAGCAUUAUAUCACGUGGAUCAGUGAGAUCACGGGAAUGAAUUUUCAGCGUAACACCAAAGUGCGUCUAGGUGAGCAUACACUUAAUCAGUAUUACGACUGCAAUGACGGCGGUGAGGAUUGUGCUCCACCCGUCCAAGAUUACAACGUCGAGUGUAUCACUAUACAUUCAGGGUUUAACAGCGGAGUUUUCACCGAUGACAUAGCUCUGCUCCGUUUGACCGAAGAUGUUCACUUUGAAGGUCAUAUUCAACCGAUUUGCUUGCCACACACGCGGUACCUCAGAAGCUACCAGCCACCUUACUAUGUUACCUCUGGAUGGGACAAGUCGUGGGAACUGGAAAAAGCGACCGUUACGUCAACCAACAGUUCCGAUUGUUACAAGUAUUCCAACACGGUCGAGCAAAUUCCCGAUAGGCGGUUGUGUGUAAACAAUUACAGUAAUGAUACUUGUAUCGGCGAUUCUGGAGCACCAUUGGGAUAUGCAGUCGACCUUUACGGAACGCAAUUUGUGCAGUUCGGUAUUAGAGGGUGGUACUGUGGUUUAAAAGUAACACCUGUUACUAAAGUAGCUUAUUACAUGGACUGGAUCAUUGCCAAUAUGAAACCGUGA